AUGAAUUAAAAAAGAUAGCACUAAGAAUUUAUUGAAAAAUUACCUUGGGAUGAUUACAUGCAUCAUAUACCAAUUGUUGGAGCUAGCUUAACUGUUUUAUCCAUGAUAUUUGAAUAUAACAUAGUAGUAAUUACAAAUUUAUUGACAACUGGGAUUUGGAUUUAUUAUCUAGAGAAAUCAAAAAGAGAUAUGUUAAAAUAUUAUAAAUCUGAGAUGUAAGAAAUUGUGAGUAAAAUAAUUGAUUCUGAACCAAGAGUUUAAGUAGAAAUCAAAAAGUUUAACUCCAUUUAAAGAAAUACUUAAGCAUAUUUCUAACUUUUUAUUUUUACUUUUAUCUUUUAGAUUUUAGCAUUAUACUUUGCAUAUUCAGGAGUCUUAACUUAUAAAGUAAUUUAUAUUCAUUAUUUUAUUUAGAAUCCCCUUGAUUUAGUAUGUUAUUCAUUACUUUCUUUGUUUGUAUUUUUAUCAAAUCGUCAUUUUGAAAGUAGAUACCAAGCAGAAUACAACAGAGAUUUAAUGCUUCAAAUAAGAGUAUUAUAAGGAGGAUUGGUAGUGUUAUCGAUUGUAAUGUCAAGAUAUGCAAUUCAAAAAAUGGAUGAUUUUUACAAUUAAUUUGUUGCCUUUGGAUUAUUGUUGUGUUCAGCUUUAUUUAGUUCUUAUACAUUUCAUCGUUAUGGAAAGACUAGCAAAAAAUCAUUUACUUUACUUUUGGUAGGGGCAGUGUUUCUUUUUUUAAGUGAUGCCUUGAAUAUUGUAUUAAAGGUGUAAAGAAAAGAAUUGUUUGAAUUAACAGUAUUAAUAUAUAAUAAUAAUAAUAAUAGGCUAGUGCAAAUGUAUUGUAUCACGUCGGUUACUAUUUUUUAGUAUGGAGCCUCUUUCUUCAUGCAAAAGCAUAUAAUGAUCAUUUUUUAUUAUUACUGAGAAUGAAGAUGAAUAUUUGA